AUGGACGGGCUCAACGCCAGGUUCGACAUCCUCAUCCAAGUUGGACCGGUCCAGUCUCAUAGACUGAAUCUCAGAGCUCGUCAAGUUACUCAAGACGACUCCCAAAACAUGCCGUUGCCUACGUACUCACACGCUGCCGUGCAGACAGAAGAGGCAUACCUGCGCACGUCGUCUGAACAACUUGUCUUCGAGCAUCCAACACCGGUGGCAUCCAUGCAUCUCUUCUUCCCAAGUUCCCACCGCAUUGCUCGUCACCAAAAGAAGGCAGCGUCCUGA